UACAGGCAGUGGUGGCACGGGGGCGUACUGGAGUGGCCGAUCCUGGAACGUGACAAUAGUGCCCUGUGUGACUUGUAUGCACCAGAUGAUUCAGCGUUUUUACUCAGUCGACGGGAAGCAGGCAGACAGGCCCGACAGGAAGAAGCUGAAGCGGCAAGCUCAGAUCGGUGGCUCCGACAUGGACCUGACGGACAUCUCGCAGAACUCGCUGCUGUGCGGCAUGCAGCAGUUCGACCGGGCCGUGCAGAACAUGGAAGACACGAUCUUGGUGCCCUCCAGGUUGAUGGACAUGCGCGUGCAGGACGACGUGGACAAGCAGAGGCUGGUGCCGGCGCUGCUGCAGUCGUCGGAGGCGUAUGACGUGUACCGGCUGCUGAAGUCGGUGCGCGCACAGCUGCGCCGCGGCGGCAGCGGCGCCGAGGCGGACAGCGCGCCCGGCCUGCAGCGGCGUCCCUCCAUGCUGAGCAGCCACUCGCUCUGCUCGCUGGCCUCGGACGCUAGCUCGUCCGGCGACUCUGGCCACGAGAGCGAGCCGACCGACGACCCAUGCGAGCUGGUGCGCGCCCAGUUCAGCGUCCACCUCAGCGGGCUCGGCAAGUGCCUGGCACAGAUGACAGAGGCGGCCAUCUACCUCUGCAGCCGGUACGAGCAGCAGCUCAACUCGGGCUUCUGAGGCCGGCCUCGCCGGCCGCCGCGGGCGCCACAUGUACGCCUUCUUGUAUGCUGUUAUCUACGGGGAGUGGAUGGCCGGCGGUGGUCCCGCUCACCACCCGGGUCACCAUGGCAACUGCCGCCGUUUGCCGUUUGCCGUUUGCCCGCCGGCAAACGCAGGCCGUUGGCGCAGCCUCGGCCGCCAGAUCACUGUGAUAGUAUGUCCUCAGCGGUGUCAGUCCGAUCAACAGAACUCGUGAACUGGUCUGUGUGUGCAAAAUGUCCGCGAGGUGUCCGCUUUGAUUCGUCGAGCGCAUGAAAGCGUGCGUGAGAGGCCGCUUUGCGUCACAAGUGCUCGAGCCCAGGUCACAGGCGGCGGCGCCUUCUGCUGUCGCACCCUUACCAGAGCCUCCGAGCGCGCCUGCUGUUGGUCCCAGUCUGCGCGUCAGCUGGCGCCCCUCACGUUAGCUUGCCCGACAUUGCCGGUCGUUAUGGUCAAUUGUUAAUAUUUGGUAGCGGUGAGAUGAAUGCAUCUAUUGAUUAUUGAACAUAAUAUUUAUUGGUAGGGACGCCUUGUUUGAUAAUAAACUGUCUUAUUAUGGCA